GGACUGCUGAUACAAGAUGUCCACCAUUAGAGCAUUGACCACUGAGGAACAAGAGAAGCUUAUCGAUUUGAGCUUGGAAGCCCGCGAUAACUCUUACUCCCCUUACUCUAAAUUUCGGGUCGGUGCUGCCCUUUUGACUGAGGAUGGCGUCUGGAUCAAAGGUUGCAACGUAGAGAAUGCUUCUUAUGGCGCUGCUAUCUGUGCUGAGAGAACAGCAUAUGUGAAAGCAUUGAGCGAAGGUCACAGCAAGUUCAUUGCCUUGGGCGUUUCUACCGAUCAAGUAGUACCUGUUUCCCCCUGCGGUAUAUGUCGCCAAUUCAUCUCAGAAUUUGGUCCUAAAGAUCUUCCCGUUUACAUGAUCACCCCCAACCGAGAAUACAAGCUUGUUACAUUGAACGAUUUGUUGCCCCACUCUUUCAGCCGUGAAGAGGCUGGAAAGUUCUUACUUUAAGAUAUACCGGUUACAUAACAUAAGCUAGCCUCAUAUCCAAACACAACAUACUUUGUAAUUUGCCUUGCAAACAUAUGUUGCAACUUAGAUUACAGUGCUGUAGCACUUGUCAGCAUGAUGAGAAUAAAAAGUUUCAAAGCAUGAUCAUGUUGAUGCAUAACAGGGAAAUA